AUGCGCAGUCCGGUUCCCGACGCACCAAGCUUCACAUCAGAUGUCGACAGCAAAGCGGCCUACAUGCAGCCGAACACUUAUGGAAUGAACCUCAAUGGUGAUGAAGGCUACGUUUGGAACAAUUUGAACAAUCCUCCAACAUACUACGAGCUCGGAUCGUCGGACGGAAACCCUAAUGAGGGAUCAUCUGGUCCACAAAGUCAAGAAAACACGCCACCAUCCAGUGAAAACGCCUACAUUCCCCCCGCUAUACCCAACGAAUCAGAAAGCUCUGAAGAUAUAUACAUUGUAACUAACAGACCUAGCGCACAGCCGUUAGAAACUGUACCAGAGACAAAUCCUGAACCUAGUAAUGAAAGUCUAGAACCAAUUGAUGAGAAUCCAGGACUGAUUAAUGAAAAUCCAGAAGCAAUUAAUGAUAACCCAGGACCAAUUAAUGAUAAUCCAGAAGCAAUUAAUGAUAAUCCAGGACCGAUUAAUGAUAAUCCAGAACUAGUAAAUGAUAAUUAUUCAGCACCAAUAAAUGAAAACCCAGAACCAAGUGACAGUGGAGCAAAAUACCCCGUUGAACCAAUCAACGGUGACGAUAAUUCAAACCCCAAACCAGAAAAUGAAGGUUUUACUAAUAGACCUGAGUACGAAAACCCAGAACUGCCAGUACAGCCAGAAACUGCUGGACCAAGUGUUCCACAACCUGGAGGGAAGGAGUACCCAAUAAGCGGAAGUCCAAUUGGGGAGUCAAGUGAAAAUCCUGGUUAUGGUUACGGGCAACCAGGUGAAACUAAGGAGAGUUCCACUGAAGAAAGCUCGGAAGGAGGCCAAAUUAAGGUAAGUUUAAAAUAA